UUUCACUCACUGGAGCUGGCAGGGUUGCACACUACAACACUAUAUAUUUGAGGAGAAUCUGACUCAGAAGUCCAACUCAGCACUUGACUACCCUUGUUCCCUGGGAGAUUUUCAGAGCUGUAAUAAGAAAGAAACUUCUGGUUUUACAAGAACCUAUAUUAAUAAGUCCUUUGCUGGCACAUUUAUUGAGGAAAAAGGACACAGGAUGAAAAUUCCACUGGAAAAAGGUCAGGGAGGAACAGAAGAUACCUCCUGAAGAAAAUGUAUCUCACUGAAGACUUUCUUCCUCCUUUGCAAGAGAGGACUAACAGAAAUAAGGAGUAUUUAACGCUUUGCUAAAAAGGUGGAUUUGGUGGGGGAAAACAUCUUGCAUCUCUGCCCCACUCUCUAUUAAAUAAAUACUUUUGGAAGACUACAAAUUGAACCUGUGGACUUAUGAUUAAAAAAGUGCAUUGGGGAAUAGUAGGAAGGCCUAGAAAAACCUUCUCGACAAGUGGUGUAACCUUCUUGACAGUCAGAAGGUUAGUAAAAGACACUGAUGAAAGCAGAGGAGUCAGUAUCUCAAAGAAGUUUGUCACAGCAAGCGAGGAGUGUCUGAUACUACAGACUCCUUCAUAGUCACAAGCAUGGCUUCAGUAGAUGCUCUUCUAGACACAGAAGCUGAUGAUGCAACUGGUGAUCCUUGGACUUCUUUUUGUGCCCCGAGAGGAAAUGGGUAGCCCGACAAAGAUUUGACUCAAGGGAGAUAACUGGUAGAAGAUCAAGUUGUAGCACAAAUUCAGGGUUCUGAUGAAAACUGAGAUGUUGAUGGCAAUGAACGUUAUUUCAGACAUGAAUAACUUCCAGUAUUAAAAAUGGAAAUGUGUUUGUUGUAAGCCUGGCAGUUGCAGACUUGGUUGUAGCAAUCUACCCAUACCCACUGGUCCUCACAUCUGUAUUUCACAACGGAUGGAAUCUGGGAUACCUUCACUGCCAGAUUAGUGGCUUCUUGAUGGGUCUAAGUGUCAUUGGAUCAAUCUUCAAUAUUACAGGCAUCGCUAUCAAUCGGUACUGCUAUAUCUGCCACAGUCUCAAAUAUGACAAGCUGUACAGCGACAAGAAUUCAUUGUGCUAUGUUGUUCUUAUCUGGGUCCUAACAUUUGUUGCUAUCGUGCCCAACCUGUUUGUGGGAUCGCUACAAUAUGACCCCAGGAUUUACUCAUGUACAUUUGCACAAUCUGUGAGCUCAGCGUAUACAAUAGCAGUUGUGUUUUUCCAUUUCCUGCUCCCCAUAGCUAUAGUAACUUUCUGUUACUUGAGAAUAUGGAUCCUUGUUAUUCAGGUGAGGCGAAGGGUUAAACCAGAUAACAACCCCAGACUGAAACCACAUGACUUCAGAAACUUUGUAACCAUGUUUGUGGUAUUUGUACUGUUUGCAGUCUGCUGGGCUCCUUUGAACUUUAUAGGCCUUGCUGUGGCUGUCAACCCAGAAACUAUAAUCCCUAGGAUUCCAGAGUGGUUGUUCAUAUCUAGUUAUUACAUGGCAUAUUUCAACAGCUGCCUUAAUGCUAUCAUAUAUGGACUCCUGAAUCAGAACUUCAGAAGAGAAUACAAAAGAAUUAUUGUCGCUUUUUGUACAGCAAAAGUUUUUUUUCAGGAUAGUUCUAAUGAUGCGGGAGACAGGAUGAAAAGUAAACCUUCUCCAUUGAUUACAAACAACAAUCAAGUGAAGGUGGACUCUGUCUGAAAAUGGGAAUCUUAUUGUCACUCAACAGCAUCCAAAUAAACUAUCUGUUUUAUUAGACCUACUCUUAAAUAUUAUAGUGAAAUCUCUUCUACACUGAAAGCACUUUGAUCAAAUUCCUUGCAUGGUAUUUGGGAACUCAAGUUACAGAGCCUUGACGUACAGAUCCUAUUAUACAACGGUAUAUCUCUCGUAUAACAACACAAUGAUAUCCUUGAGAGAAAUGCAAAAUUAUGCAUGGAUACUUUUUAUUUUUCCCUUAAAUGGAGAUAAACAACUAAAACCAGAUUGAAACAGAAGUAUCCACAUUGCCUGGCUCAAUAAAAGAAAUCACAAAACUAUUCCUACU